AUGAGCUACAUCGUUCGUCGAGGGUUGUCCACCCUCAUUCCUCCAAAGAUUGCGUCUCCCUCCGCAAUUGGGGCUGCAAAAGAUGCUGCUCGCAUGGAACGGGUCGGCAACUUCUACGGAAAACUCCCACGGGGCCCAGCGCCUGAAGUCAAACCCAGUGGUUUCUUCGCGCGCUAUCAUGCUAAACAUUUCGGCAAAACCCCCACCGCAAAGCCACUUGUGCACCUCAUUAUCGUAAUGACACUCUUAGGCUAUAGUAUCCAAUAUGUUACACACCUCCGCCACCACAAGAACAAUGCACACUAG